UCUAAAUAGAUUGUUUAGGCCUCGGCUAGUGUAUGUGUUAAAUGACGUGAUUUAUACGUAUACUAAUAAUUUUUUUUAACAAAAAAAAACAAAAUGAUACUAAAAUGUUUUUUUCUAAGGUUUUGAAGUAAGUUCUUAUUUUAAGUGCGAAAAUUCUUAAAAAAUCACCGAAAAAUUGGUGCGGCCUGCAGUUAUACGGAUCACAUUGUAUAUUUUUAACAGCCGUGGUGGGGAAACGGAACAAGAUAAAAAGUUUAAAAAAAAAGAAGCAAUAAUACAUUCGGCCUGGCUGGCUGGCUGGCACGGGUUUUGUCGCAACGCGGUGAAGCAGUACACGGUUAACGGCGCGGCGGUCGGCACGAGUUGUACGAUAACGCAGUGGCCGCGAAUGGGGCGUAACCUCGACGGGUCGUAAGUCGUAUCGGUCGUAAACGACUUCGGGAAAACGUCGGAUUUUUAUAGGAUUUAUCGGCGUGAAUUUCCGUACCAUAUUUUCCAAGGCGACGAUGCAGUAGACCCUGUGUGAUGUGCGCGACCAGCAGCUGAUAUUCACGUAUAUUCAAUGCAUUAUUGUACACAGUGAAACCUCUAAAUACCGGACACUCUCAGUUACUGAAAUCUCGGACACUAUUCAGAGAGCCUGUAGAAAGUAUGGAGUUUGCUAGAAAUUUGUUCACAAAAAAACGUAGGCGAUGAACUCCGCCGUGGCCGGUCUUCGAGGAGAGACGAUCCCCGGAGGCACACGCUGUCUGGCGAUCAACAUCACAACUAUCAACCGGCCCUGACGAGGUCCAUGGACUUGGAGAUGGGAACCAAAAUGCAACGGAAAAAAUCUCCAGCGUCGAGAGGAGGGUAUCCACCGGCUACUGGGAUGCUAUUCGAUGACGAUCCAGGCAUAAUGUCUGAAGUUGAAACCAGUUCUACCGGGUUCCGAAGAGGUAACAAACAGAGAAGCUCAUUGCCGGUGGUCAGGACCCCGUCGAAAACUUUAGAGCGACCAUUGGGUGACCCGAUGUUGAAUGACGAAAUGGCUUUCCAUAAUAUGAUGACUCACCCACGACAAAGUUUAGGUCUGGUAUUUUUGCAAUACCGUAGCGAAACGAAAAGAGCACUGUUACCGAAUGAAAUCACCUCCAUAGACACUGUCAAGGCGUUGUUCGUCCGGUCUUUUCCAAAACAACUCACCAUGGAAUACAUGGACUCGGCUCUCGUCAAGAUCUAUAUUCACGAUUCGUCGAAAGACAUGUUUUACGAGCUGGAAGAUCUCAGGUCACACCUCAACGACAUCCGAGACAGGUCAGUGCUGCGACUUUUCGAGUCAGCCGAGGGCGGCCCUCUACCCCAGGGCCUCACGAUAGCCGCACCUACAUGGGACCAAGAUCAAUCGUACUUUAGCGAGCCGGAAUUCGAUUCGGAAUAUCAACAUCAACACAUACACAAGACCAAGGGAAGCAAAUGCACCAGCGGCGGCGCUCCCGGACAACCGUACUACAUGACCCAUCAGUUCCCGCCCGGGUCGUCCGCCACGCUACCCAACAGGGGUCGUCCACCCACCGGGUCCAUACCGGCCCGAGCGUAUUCGCCAGCCGUGCCGCCCGUAGCGGCCAACAAAUCGUCAGGGUACAUGUCGUCGCCGGAGAGGGCUAGUUCUAGGACCGGCGGGUACACUGCCGCCCCGUACAUGUCUCCGGGGGGUUCGUCGUUCGACGACAACUCAUACUAUGGCUAUGGGCCCAGGACCGGGUCUAUCACUCCUGUGAUCGAUGAGGAGACCAGCGACAACGAGCUCAUGGAAGACCCGUUUACCAUGUACGCCGCGAAACCGUCGUCGAUAUCCAAAAGACCGACUUACGGCAACCCGCCGGCCGUCCCCUACGACGCCACCAGGAUACGAGUGGAAAACAUGGAGAGACAGAUCGCUAAUCUAACGGGAUUAGUUCAGAAAGCUUUAACUCACGCACCGGUCGUGGCACCACCGUUCAGAAAUGCUAGUGAUGAAUUCGAUAAAGUCUCCGGCGGAAGCACCACAUCUCUAGCAGAGGAACCAUACAAGCGGUCUGACACUAAACCUCCUAAACUCGGACGAGACAAAUCGGUUUCGUUCGAGAAAUCUGUAUCGUUCAGCGACGAGCCACCGGACAUGAACUCGCCGAAACAACAUUCGCCACAGAGUUCAGCGGACACGAAACCUGCGAAACCGGCAAUUAAAUCGUCUACAUUACCUAGAACAGCGUCUCAAGAAAAAGACAGAUUUAAGCCCCAUCCUCCGCCCAAGCCGUCCGCUAUACCCGGACAAUAUGACGACAGACACUUGUACAGCGAUCUACAGCUGACGCCAGAAAUGUACAAUCAACUGAGAGUUCUGCAGAAAAAAGCAAAAGACUUGCGGCAAGAAGCCCGAAACCUGAGGAGAAUGUCUCAGGCACAGGCCCACUCCAUUCGUGAAACCAUCAAAGACACGUUCAUAAAAAUCAGAACGUUGAUCGCUUCCGGCGCCGACCAGGCGUGGAGCGAAUCUGGAUCGAAGGAAAGGGCACACGUGGACCGGGAAGAGGACAUAUACAGACAGGAGAUUAUCAGGCUGGAAACGGACUUGACGGAGCUCGAGAGCACGGUGGAAGAACUACGGGGAAACGUCAUUAACAAGAAGUCCAGGGUAAACAUGUCGGACGUGGAAAACAUGGCGCUUGUGCUCAGCAAAUCCAGUAAAACGGUUGCCGAAUUGAAAUUGAGGUUCCCGAGUUUACAAGAGUCGAUUCGUACAGUAUUGACGAAGGAAAUGGACAGAGCGGUUACCGAGGAAAAGUUUCUCAAAGAAGAGCCCGAUCGUCUAGAAAGCGCUCUCAAACGGUGUAAAAAAUUAACCGGAACGCUUGUAACACUCAAGAGGCUCGCUUCCGUUCAGGAACAACGUCUGCCGGACGCCAGACUGUCGCCCACCAACGAAGACACUCCGCCGAUCACGCCUACAUCUUCGGCCAAGGGGAGUGUCGCUGGACAGGGGAGUGUCGUGGAGCAGACCGGAACAGGAACAGACGACGGCAGCGGUAGUGCUGGAAAGCGCGAGCCAGCAGGUGCGGAGAACGCACUCGACACUCUGCUAGACGAACUGCAGACAACCCCGGCGGUGGCAUCAGUAGCAUCAGUGGCGGCACCGGCUGCAGCGGCUGUGGUGGUGGAUUCAGUGGUGGUGGAGCCAGCAGCGGCGGUGGAAGCAACAGAGGUCACCGCGCCGGUCACCGUGCCGGUCACCGGUCCGGCGGUCGCUGUCGCGGUCACCCCGAAACCGGUAUUGCGACGUCUGAGCAGCACGUCUUCGGAGGCAGGUGGCAAGCCGCCCGUACCUGAACGGACGCCCGACCUGCAGAACAAGCGCAUGCCCCCGCCGCCACCGCCGCGGACCAGUUCCAAGUCACCGGUGGCGUCGCCGACCACGGCGGGCAGCGCUGUGGGGGCCCCCACGUCGUCUCCCAGGGGCUCGGUGUCAUCGUCGUCGGCCGGCGGCAGCCCUCCAAGCCGAAAAGGGUCUCUGACAACCGUGGCGCUCAGCGGCUGCGGCAAACCGCCCAUGCCCGAACCACCGGCGGCGACCGUGCAGCAGCUGCCAUCCCCGGCCGUUCCGACAGCCGUCGUGACAACCACCAGACAGGAACAGUUGGAACAGCGGCACCAGGAACUGUUGAAGAAGCAAAAGGCGCUGCAGGAACAGUACACGCGGCUGCAGCAGUUGCAACGGUCGCAGCCGCCGCCCGACCUGCUCCAGCUCAAGAAGACGGGCAGCGAGGGCAACCUGCUGCUAAAGAUGGGGCUGUCCAUGAGUGCCGCCGCCCCCAUAUCGGGUUCGCUCACCCAGCUGGCCGCCGCCGUCACCACUAGCACCACUGCCACAGCGGCCGACGACGACUCCGCCGAAAAGCAACGGUCGGCCGCAAACAACAAGGCCGCUGCUGCGACAACGACGACGACGACGACGACGACCGUCAGCAAAGUGUACGAGACGGACAUUAUAUGACCCACGACUGACGUCUGAAACGUGUAACGGCAAAUCUAUCAUUGUGUGUGAUGCAAAUUGGAGCGCUUCGGUUGUGUAUUAUUUUAUUGUUGUUGUUGUUGUUGUUGUUGUUGUAAUAUAAUAUAUAUAAUGCUGUUGUGGUAAACGCCGCCACUGCUGCCACUGCCGCCAUACUGCUGCUACCAUCGCCACUGCAUCCACCGCCGUGCAGCCCCCGGAUUUCCGGUUACCGUCGUCUCCACUAUCUUUGACACUAUUCCCGCCGUCUUCUCCGUCUUCGAGCCACCGUCUUUUUCUCUUUAGUAACAAUAUUAUAUUUACUCUAACGAUUUUAAGUUUAAGUGUCGGGUAGUGGUAACGAGGUGACAAUAAUAUUAUAUACCGCGACCAUAUUAAAAUUAUUUUCGAAAAAAGUGAACCGAGUCUUGGAAACCGUUUUCUCUUGACCUAUUCAGAUACGAAUUCAACGACACGUUAAAUAAAAACUAUAAGACCUCUUUCAAAAAAAAAAAUGUAACUGAUAACGCACAUGAACAAGACAUCAUCUUCUAGCUACUUUCAAUUUUUGUUACUGCAGUGUAGAUGACUUCUCACCUGACAUUGGAUAAUACUGUGAAUAAUUAUUAUAUAUCUCUACUCGUGGUCUCCGACCAUUGCUCAAACGGCCCAUGACCCAUUAUCUAUGGGGUGCGGAAAUGAAUGAAACAAAACGUAGGUAAUAUUAUAUACGUGAGUACCCCUCACUAAUGCACCCCAUGAAAUUCGGAAAUCUCAUAUGUACCUACCUACCUAUUCCGAAUAGGUACCUAAACAUAAAAAACAGACGACCCCCCUCCUUCCACUUUUUGAGAGAGGAUUGUCUCAAAAUCGGAAACACGUUUAAUGUGUUGGCUUUAGCGAGUCAGCUCAUAUGCUCAAUAACCCUGUAAAUAUAUUAUAAUAGUAUUAAUUAUUAUUAUUUAUCAAUACGUUAAUAUAAUAAUAAGUACCAAUAUAAAAUAUUAUUGUCAUGAAUAUACCGUCUCUAGCCGACAAGAACCGCUGCGUUGUCAUCCCGGUCGCUUUAAGUCGCAAAGACGAGAACUACAAUUUUGAGAUUUGUUGUUUUCGAGUUGGAAUUAUAUUAUAUAUUAUUAUAUCAUACAUGACAGUCAUCAUAGCCGGAAGUCACGUCGCUCGCAAGCCUCCUCACUGUAUUAUAUAGGAGGCGUUUUCGUAAUAUCCAAUAUUAUUAUAUGCGGGUAUACGCGAACCAUAUAUAUAUAUGUAUAAUGUUAUCAUUAUGUGCUUAAUCGCGAUCUCUCUGCUGGACCACGAACGGGCGAACGAGGAUUUAAUUUAAUUUCUAUAUCCUUUAUAUCACAUUACUAUAUUAUAUUAUAAUUAUUAUUUAUUCACUCCCCGCAAAGCGUGUUCGUAUAUGAUUCUAUUUAACAUGACUAUACGUGUGUACUAGUAUAUUGUAUACCUAUAAUUAUUAUAAUAACACGAUCGACUCAACAAGUGGAUGCGUGGGUGUUCAUUUUAAUUUUAUUUUACGCAUUUAUUUUUUUUCGGUCGUGCCAAAAAUCGUUCCUAAAAUAUUAAUAUUAUUACAAUUAUUGUUGUUGUUGUCGUUAAGUGCCGCCAAAAGGAAAUCUUCGAGUCGGAAACCACGCGUGUUGGAGUUAUGAAAAAUGUAAUAAUAUACAAUCGGGUGGCGAUUAAAAAUACCAGCAGAUGCCCUCUACCAAAUGUACCAUCAAUCGAUCGUAUACCGAUUUCCCUUGACCGAAUGUGCCAAUUGCUAGAGUACGCUGAAGUAAAUAACGCACCCGGCAAAAGGAAGGACAUUUUACCAAAAUUUUACUCUUGGAGGGGGGGGUGAGAAAUAGGUAUAGAAAAAGUAGUUACUGAGUGUAACUGCGUAUAAGCCCCUUAAAUUCACUCGUCCAACACAUGAUACAGGCGUACUUUGCUACAUGUAUUGACAACCCAACAAGCUCACUCGACUUAUUUACCUCCUAUACAACCGACGGACUGUCUGAGCAUUCUGUCAAAAAAUGCUACUUAUAAAAUAAUUGCGAUAAAUAACGAAUAAAAUGCUCAUCCAGCACCUAUCCUCAGAUCGCCGUUAAAUAUGAGAUUGCAAAUCCUGUUCGGGGGGGGGAGGCUACAACAAGCGCCCGCGGUUUACCUACUUAAAAUAUGUUGAAACUUUAUUGUUGCAGGUUAGUGUUUUCGUUUAUGAUCAGUGAUCACACGUCAUUAUAUCGUAUAUAAUAAAUUCAAGUAUUUAAUAAUAAAGCACCCGAAUUUUCUAUUAGCCAAAAUCCAGGCCAAUUUUUAACACUUGUUAAUAGAACUUUAAACGUUUUUCGACAUAACUUGGUCCUAUACUAUUAGUUCUGGCAACCACCUACUCGAGAGAGCAAUUUUCACGAUAUAAUACAAAAGCUUAAGUUAGGAAAUGCGACGAUUUGUUGCUCUCGUCUGGCUCACCCCACACACAGUGCGCACAUUUAGUCGAAAAAAUAUCAUUAUACACUACCACUAUUAUUAUAUUAAACGCGUUUUUAUAUCGUUUGUAUACUUUAUUUAAAUAUUUGAUCAAUAUCGAUCACAUAGCUCGAGCGUACAAUAAUUUUGGGCAUUUCUUUGCAAAAUUCUUCGCCUAUAUACCUAUAUGCGUUGCUCAACCUCGCGUUUGACACUCCACUUGCAUGGCGAUACAUCGGAAAUUCGGAAUGCGGAAUCCGAUAAUUUCUAUAGGGUCGGAAAGCAAAAAACCUCAGGAUGACGGUUUGCCCAGCAAAAUUACGUAUUUAGGUAUAUAUUGUCUUGGGACGAUAUAUAUAUAUAUGCAACAGCUGUUGUCGGUCGUUCGAAAUGAAAUUAAUCAUCAGGAUGCCAGUAUAUAUGACUAAGGAAGCCAACAAAAAUGUAUACCUGUCAUCGUUUAUUAUAAAUACUAGUACGUGGGCGCCCGCAGGGGGUGCUGGGUUGGGGGGAGGGACAUGCCCUCCAUAUUUUAAUUAUUAAUAAUCGUUUUAUCAUUUGUAAAAACAAAAAAAAAAUAUGUGCUGUGUUAUCAAAGAUGGGGCAGCCCCCUUCCCCAGUUUAUAUUUCUGCGAACGCCUUAAUUUAUACUAUAGUAUUUAUGAUCAAUGCUUUCAAGUUUCCCGUGUAACAUAUACUACUGACCGCCGGCUGACGACUUUUUAAAAGGUUUUUAGCAGACUGCAAUUCCGUUUUAAAUUAUAUCGUACUCAUCACAAUUUUAUUCAAUCACAUUAAUAAUUCUAAAGUAGGUGUACCGAUAUCAUCACAUUAUUUUGUAACGCGUGGUGGUAUAAAACAAAAUUCGAUUUGUCUGGGUUGAGACGUUCUGAAUUUUUGACAUUACACACGCUCCUCGAUUUGAUUACACAUAGAUUAUCGACGUAUAGAGUUUAUGCAGAAUAUGUUUGUACAUGUAUCGAAAAACAGAGAGAGAACGAGAUGCUAAUGAUUAGUAAUAUUGUACAUUUGUCAUGAGAACGCGUACUUUCCGAUAACAAUCGCUACUCAGACGUAUAUACACUCUAAACAAAAAGCAAAUUAUGAUUAUUGUAAAAAGUUAUUAUUCCGGUUUCACACUACAGCCGAAUUGUAUUUUUGACAUAUUUAGGUGUAUAGGACCUACGUAAAGGUGGCCAGUGCGGCACUAAAACGGCUGAUUUUCAAAAUCGAUAUUUAAAUAUUAACGAAAAUGAACUGUUGAAAUAAUAUUAGACUGAAGUGCAUGACAUGACAUUAAUUUAUAAAAAAAAUAAUAUUUCUUCGGGAUGACACCUUCCUCGUAUACCUUGGAUCCGUUAAAGUUUGAAAUUAACUGCGCCUGGUUAUGUUUUUGAAACAAUUAUUCAUUGAAAAAUACGCAUUACUUAUCACUUUAGGUACGGGCGUGCUCAUCAAAUGGUGUAUUGUUUUUAAACUAAUAAUGUUUAGUGAGCAGUAUCAACGAGACAUUAAUCGAGAAAACCCUAUUUUUGAGAUCGGUCGUUUCACUGCACCGCCCUCUGCAAACUGUAAUAAUAACACGAAUCACGAUAGUAAGGAAGUCUAAUAAUUAUUAUCAUACAUGAUCAUUGCACGUCAUAAUUAUACCAAUAUUUUACGAGUACACAGAGCAAAUAAUAUCGUUACAUUGACGAUUUGUAUAUUCAGCACACACACACACACACACACACACACACACGU